CCCGGAACUACGCUUCCCAGCCUGCCCCGCAGCAGCCGCGCACCUCGGCGCCGCGCCCGGCCCGGAGCCGCCUGUUGAUCGCUGCGCUCGCCCCGGCCACGGCGCCGCCCCUGCUCGGCAGACCCCGCUACCUCGGGGCUGACAGAUCGCCGACCCACACUGCCGGCUCCGGGAUGGGCACACAGACGGUAGUACUCUGAAGUCUCAGGAAGCUGGCCCACUUUAAUGCUCAAGGCCCAUGAGAAGGGCAUGUAAGAAGCCAUGGCACUCCCUUUUCAAAAAGAGCUGGAGAAAUACAAGAACAUUGAUGAAGAUGAGCUUCUUGGCAAACUCUCAGAAGAGGAACUGAAACAGUUGGAAAAUGUCCUUGAUGACCUAGAUCCCAAGAGUGCCCUGCUGCCAGCUGGAUUCCGGCAGAAAGACCAGACCCAGAAAGCAGCCACCGGCCCGUUUGACCGUGAGCAUCUGCUCAUGUACCUGGAGAAGGAAGCUUUGGAACAGAAAGACAGGGAAGACUUUGUGCCCUUCACUGGAGAAAAGAAGGGGAGAGUCUUUAUCCCUAAGGAAAAACCCAUAGAAACUCGCAAAGAAGAAAAAGUGACCCUUGACCCAGAACUGGAAGAAGCUUUGGCCAGUGCCUCGGACACUGAACUCUACGAUCUCGCAGCUGUUCUUGGAGUACACAAUUUGCUCAAUAAUCCGAAGUUUAACGAAGAAACAGCCAGUACUGCAGGUGGCAAAGUGCCUGUGAGAAAUGUGGUCAAAGGUGAAAAGGUCAAGCCAAUAUUUGAGGAACCACCCAAUCCCACAAACGUUGAAAUAAGUCUGCAGCAGAUGAAAGCCAAUGAUUCCAGCCUACAGGAAGUCAACCUCAACAACAUCAAGAACAUUCCAAUUCCAACCCUGAAGGAAUUCGCAAAAGCUCUGGAGACCAACACUCACGUUAAGAAGUUCAGCCUGGCUGCAACCCGCAGCAAUGACCCUGUGGCGAUUGCUUUUGCAGAUAUGCUGAAAGUAAAUAAGACCUUGAAAAGUCUAAACAUAGAGUCCAAUUUCAUCACUGGAACUGGGAUCCUGGCCCUGGUAGAGGCGCUGAGAGAAAACGACACCCUGACAGAGAUCAAGAUCGACAACCAGAGACAGCUGCUGGGAACAGCCGUAGAGAUGGAAAUUGCCCAGGUGCUCGAGGAGAAUUCAAGGAUCCUCAAAUUUGGAUAUCAGUUUACCAAACAAGGGCCUCGAACAAGGGUGGCAGCUGCCAUCACAAAGAAUAAUGACCUGGUUCGUAAAAAGCGUGUUGAAGGAGACCGGAGGUAAACUUCUGCAAGAAGUGAACUCUCACCAUGGCAGCCAUUCAAAGACAAGCAAAAAGUCGUCUUCUUCCUCAUCGGGACCAUUCUAUCAAAGGUUGCUCAUCUCUGUUAACUACACAACUAAUAACUUAAUUGUUAUUCUUUUUUAUCACUAUUUAUCUUGGAUUUUUUAAUAUGUAUUGUUGUUGUAUUUGCUUAUGGACACCCCUGGCAGCUUGCACAGUAAGCACCCCUGUGGACUUACACAGAUCUUAGUGGGUGAUAGUAGUCAAAAAUGAUUUAACCACUACCAUGUUGGGCUGUCUUGCUUUCUUACAUGAGCUUUUAUUUUAAAUCACUGCAAGGAAUUUGGUAUGUAAAUGUGUUUGUAAUUGUAGUUAUGAUAGAGGCCUAUCUCUGUUUACAUGCAUAACUUUGAGUUAGGCUAAAUACUUCAGAAGUGUUCUGUGACCACGUAAUAAGUCAGUAUUGCCAAUCUUUCACUGGGUGAGAAAAUGUGACCAAUUUAGCACAAAUUCUCCCUUAGUUCUAGAAGAGUCACUAAAUGCACAUGCCCCACGGAUUGAAGAUAUGUUGUGUCAUCUUCAUAAAAGUGAGACAUCAUUAUGACACUUUAACACAGCAUUAGCAAAUAACUAUAAAAUAUUAACCCACAAAUAUACCUUCAAGCUAGACUAAACUAGGUGGCAAAAUUAAUUAGUACACCUGCCUUUACUGAUUAUUCAACAUAAACUUGAUCUUUAAAAUGACUUUAAUGGAUAAGAUUUUUCAAAACUGUUUUAAAGUUUUCCAGACAUGAUGGGAAAUUUUUAAAUUUUAGUAAGAGGGCAGCUUUUUAAACAGUAAUAAAAUAAAAUUAUUUAAAAAAAACUCUAAUAAUUGCACCUUAAUCAAGAUUGUCUGAUAUGUAUGAUUGCAUCACUUUGGCAAAUUUUAGCAUUUAUUGCUUUAUCUUUAGUAUAACAAGAUCACAGAGUGAAAUGCAAACACUCAAAUUAUUUACACAGAUUUUUGUCCACAUGUUGUGAUCCAUCCAGACAUUUGCAAGCAUCAAGAAAAAUGUGAAUUAUCACUUAUCCAGAUGUUUGUCAUCUCAAGGACAAAGCCUGUGUCAGUACAAGUCAGAUGAUUGCAUGGCAGUAUUACUCACAUUUAGCAGUGCAAUAGGGUCAUGCUGAACUGAGGGGACAUGUCACUGCAGCCUUUGGCCCAAGCUCACAAGUCUUUGAUAACUGUCAGUGCCCAAAGCUGUAAUUGGUGGCACUCUGACACUGCCUCAGGCACCUCCCCCUUCCUCCUUUCUCUCCUCCCUUCCUUCCAGCUCAUUCUCUUUUUUCUUCUUUUCUCUGAAAAUUUGAAUCUUGUAAAGGUGACAUGCCUUGUGCUGGUGACACUGGAGCUGAAAAGAUUGCUUACUUAGGUAGAAGGUGGACCCAAACCGGAAUUCGUUUAUUAAUCAAGUGUUCCUGAGUUGCUUCUAGUUAUCUUCUAAAACACAUGGAAACUAUUUAGGUAGAUAGCCUUUAAAAAAUCGGACAUUUACCUUUAUUAUAAGUACCCACACCUGUAUCUCUAAAUUCCUUUCAAACAUCUUUUUCUUGAAAAUAUUUAACUUUUUUUUUUGAGGUAAUAAUGAGAACAUGUUGACAUGUUUGGAACCCUAAAAAUCCUUUAGUUUUCUACUACAUCUCCCUAUAUAUAUAUAUAUAAAACAUAGUAAAUAUUAUUUGAUGGUUUCCAGUCUGAUUUUUUCUUCUCCCCUACUUAUUUAGGUGUGGGAUGUUGGAGCCAAUACCUACAGACUUACCGAUUAUUAAAUUUUCAAGAAUUUUGCAAACUGGUUGUUAAACAGCCAUUAUUAAAAACUAAAUGACAUGAACUUACAAUUAAAUAAAUUACAUUAAAAACAAAAUACUCAAAAUAUAUUUUAGUAUUUCCUCUACUCUUGAGAUUAUAAUAUCUAGUGUGUCUAUAUGACAGAAAUACUAUGUAAUAGCAUACUAGUAUAUAUCUCUUCCCAACUCAGAACGUCUCUCUAACUCAGAAGUUCAGUACUUCCUGUGGGUAUUUAAAAUUGGCCCAUGGGAAUUAGGCACCUAUUACAAAUCAGGGCAUGGAGAUUACAUAUUGCAUAUUACACAUAUUACAGAUAAACACAUAUUACAAAAUUGGCCAUGGAAAUUAGGCACAUAUUACUCUUCCCCAGAUUGCUGGUUGAUAAAUAUUCACCAGCACACCAGGAGUUGAAAUGUGCACCCUUCUGUUUUUGUAUACAUAUGUCCUGGUUAUCAUGUUGCAAAAGGGAAGAACAUUUGUCUUAGGUGUUUUUCUCCUAUCCCUUUAGAUUUGUUACACAUAUACAUACAUAAGUGCUAAGUCCCUGACAUGCCCACCAAGUAAGUCUUUCCCUCUUCUCAUUCUCUCUCUUUAUUGCCUUCACUCCUAAGAAAUCUUGGAUCCUACAGAGUAUUUCCUGCAGCUCCAAGGUGCUGGGGACUCAAGACUAAAGCAGUUUCUAACCAACCCUGGCAGAAAGCAAGAAAAACAAAAUCAGAAUUUGACAGUGAUUGUGCCACAGUUGUUGAUAGUAUUAAAGCAAGAUAAUGAAAUAUUAUCAAAAUUUAGCACUGUUUUUAGCUUGAAAGAUAGUUGAAUCACAUGUAAUAGAGUCUGUGAAAUCAAAUAUUUAUUAUUAAUGAGUUUAUCUAAUUUCCUGUGGUUUUUAAGUAGCUUGAAAGGUGACAUUUCUGUGAGUAUUCACAUAUUUACAUAUAAAAUAACUAUUAGAAGAUAAAUGUACAUUUUUGGGAGCCUAUAAAUCAUUUAAUUAGCCUAGGAUAUUUCCCCAUCUGCCCAAAGUGUGUAAGUAGAAGCCCUUUCUUGAUCCUGAGCAUGAUUAAUCCCUUACCAUCUAUCAUGAUGAGGCAUAAUGUAUAUAAAAUAUUUUUGUAAGUAUGCAUUUUGCCAAAUAUUAUGUCAAGAUAUUUGGCAACAUCUGGACAACUGAUUGAAGGGAGAUAAUCUCUCCCCAGACCACCUCCCUUCCCCUUGUAGACUUGUACAGGCCCACACUAAGUGUAAAAUCAUUCACCUGGACUUGCAGGCUCAUAGCACCACUAUCUAUCAAAGCAUAUGUGGAUGAUGACUUUAAGGAGAUAAUUUUAGGAGUCUAGAGAUCAUAUCAUUAGUCCAGCACUACAUCUCUCCAUCUACCUAAAGUUUAUAAUGGAAGGUGUUUUAUCCUCAUUAGCAUGAUUAAAUCCCUUCUUUUAAUCUUGGUAAGGUAUAAUGUAAAUAAAUGUGUGUGUGUGUGUGUGUGGCCAAAUAUCUAAUGAGGUAUGUGGCUACAUCUGGACCACUGAUUGAAGGGAGAUGCUUUCUCCCAGCUCCAUUUCCCAUUUCCUUUUUAGAGUUGCUUCAGGCCCAGGCUAAAUGUGAAAUCAUUCCCUGGAGUUGUAGCUUCAGUCACCACCCACCAAAUUUCACAGCAUGUAUAGAAGAUAACUUUUAGAGAAUACGUAUUAGAAGCCUGGAAAUCAUUUCACUGCUUAGGCACCAAAUCUCUCCAUAUACCUAAAGGGUGCAAAUGGAACCACUUUCAUCUUCAUCAACACAAUUAAGCCCCUUCCUUCCAUCAUUGUAGGGUACAUUGUACAUAAAUAUUUUGUACUGAAAUAUCACCAAAUACUGCAAGUGGUAUUUGGCUAAACCUGGACAACAGAUUGAAGGGGUGCUGUCUCACGGGCCCUCUUCCUUUACCCCUCUGAGAGUUGCUAUGGGCCUGGGUUAGAGAGAGAAUCACUAACCUGGAGGGGCUCAUGCAGCUCACCCAUCUCAGGGCAUACAGUUCAUCUGACGAUAAAAGCCCAUCCAGCUCCAUUUAAAAACUCAGAAAUCAUACCAAUGCCUAUACUCCUCAGAAAAAUCAUCCUAAGGGAAGCCUGGCAUACCAAGCCAAAAGAACAGCUGCUUCUCUUCCAGACACACGUGGCCCCUGGCAGGGCACCAGCGUUAGGGAAACCAGUGUGUUCUGAAUAACUGCCAUGAGAACAUUUCAGACACUCAGACUUGAAACCAAGUUAAGCGUCAGCAUGCUUUCAAUGUAAGAUAGCCCUUUAAAUUAAAAAGGAGUUUGCAGCUAUUUCCUUUUCCAUAGAUACACUGUACUUAGCCCUCUCCUAGGCACUGUGAAGGAGCCAGGAAGUAUAAGAAUUUGGGAUUAAUAUAAUUUGAUAUGUGUUUCUGGAUCUGAGGGUAGAGCACCUUUUUUGCAAAGUGUUACCAUCUUAAGUUCAAGUAUGGAUAGCAUCAGCAGAAAUGGGAAGGCUGCAGUAAGUUGUGAAUACUGGGUUCUGUGGUAUGUACCUAUACUUAGUUGGAACUGUUUCUGGAGUUGGGUUUUCAAUCAUGAUCCUGAAGCCUUCUUCCUCUUUUCCACUAAUGAUGCAAUAGUAACUAUUUUCCUUUUAGUGAACAGAGAAUUAGAGGAAAUGUUUUAGCUCUGCCUUCCAGUAGCAGCUUCCUUUUAUUUCCUCCCACUUCCCCGCCACACCCAGCCAUCCUCAAAGGUAGAGGACUGAGACAUGCAAAAAAAACAUGUGAGAGUGCUUGGAAGCAUCAGCCUGAGCCUUCUGGAUUAAAAUCACCAUGUGAAAAUCAUGGCCAGGCCUCCCAGUAACAAGCUGGAGAGAGAAAAGUACCCGGAACUUCAAGGGUCUAUUCAUUGUUUUCUUGCUCCCAACUCUAGAUCAGAUUGGACUUUGUUUUAUUGUUUAGGAUUUUAGUAAAGUGGAAGGGCUAAGAGGUGGGGAAGGAAGAUGGGAGUUAAAAUUUUUAACUUGCUCAAGAGCAGAAGUAAGCUCUGCUCGGUUUACCCCUUUAUUUUCUGCCCACACAACAACGAUUAAGCAUUCAGUAGGUGGAUGGAGUUAUUCCAGGGUUUAAAUUGGUUACCUGCCUCUGGGUACUGCUCUAGGAAGGCCAUACACUUACCAGACAUUAUCUCAGUUUUGUGACGCAUCAUUGACUUGGGGGAGAGUGAAGGAGACUAGACUCUUCUCUGACAUCUUCCAUGAUAGUCAUUCUGAGCACAUUGGUUUUGCUAGUUUGCAUGGUGGAAGGGCACCAUACCAACAGAUCUGGACACUGACUCCUAAUCCCAUCACCAACACUUAGCAGGUAUAUGAUCAUGGGCAAUUCAUUCAAUUGCCUGAUAAUUAUAGACUAUUUAGGGGGAAGAGCACUGGAUUUAGAGUCAAGAAACCUGGACAUUUGGCUCCAUGCUUUCUUAGCUGGGUGACUUUGGGGCCAAGCCACUUAGUCUCUCGAGCCUAAGGUUCUUCAGCUAUAUUAUAAUGGGAAUAGUAUCUUCACUAACUACCUCACAGAAUUGUGGUAAGAAUAUAAUCAGAUAAUGGGAUGAAAACACUAAACUGGAAAGGGCUACACAAAAGUGGGAGAUCGUCUUCCUUAUCUAGUCACUAAUGUUUUCCACUGCCUCUUGAAUCUGUUUUAUUUUCUUCUGAUCAACAAUUACAUCUUCCACAUCAUUUCAAGUAUGGGGAAUUGAUCGAAGCAUGGUAUGGCGUAGGGGACUGGAAUUAUUUUGCUUUCCACAUAGAGGCAGGAGAGGUGGUUGAUGGGGGUCCAGGGGGUGUUAUAUACCAGUGGUGUAUGCGGAAGGGCAUUUUCUGGGGUAACUUUGACAGUAACUUGGUAUGUGGUUAGGACCCUUGCGAAGAGCCUAAGGCUGGACACAAAGGGGAAGCCAACAGUGGUUAAGAAUGAGGACCUGGGGCACUGCUGCCAUCCUGUCAAGCUGUUACCACUCAGGGAGUAAGAUGGGCUGUGACUUGAGGUGUGACACGAAGACUGUCCUUAGUGCUCCAGCAACUACCUAACAAGCCCGAGCCCUCAUAGCAAAGCAGGGAGUGUCACUUGUGAGAUCAGCUCUCCCUGGCAGCAGCUGCCUUGUUAUCACCAGCAACGUUCACCCUAGUUGGUAUUUUUCUGCUAAAAAGGAUUAAAACAUGGCCUCACAGGACUUUCCUAAGCACUAAGAGGCAGGAACUAUCUCAUCAUUCUCUGUGUCUUCAGUAGCAUCUAGUAAGAUGCCUUGUACAUAAUAGGUGCUUAAUAAAUGUUGCUUAAAUUGAAUUAUCCUCCAACCCUACCAGGACCCAUUUGCCACCUGUGAUAUCUUUGGAAAAUAAUACUGAUUUGGAUGUCAGCUAUAUGUGACUUUGGGCAAAACUUGCGAUCUAUCUUGUCAUCAUUUUGUCUGUAAAAUGAAGUGGGUGGAUUAGAUGCUUCCUAAGGCCCCUUCCAGCUCCCAGAUGUUACAAUCCUGUGACUCUAAGCUGUUGCCAUUGCCUCUGAACGUGGGUUAGUGAUGCCUCCUUUGUAGCUCCCUCUCUCUUCAGAAGGCUUUGUUUAGAGGAAGAGGCCUGGAUAUUGCACAAGCAGAGUUACCUGUUCCUCUUUCAGCUCUUUUUCUGUCUUCAAAAUAGUUCUGCAGGAGCAGCCUUUUCUGAAAGGAUAUUUUUAAAAAUAUUUUUCUCCUCAGAAUUGAUGGAGAAGGAGAGGAGGAAAUGCAAAGAAGGAAACUGAGCACAGUAAACACAGCAUGCUUUUUAUAGGCUUUCAUUUAAAGUGUGUGUGUGUGCAUGCAAGUGGGCACGUACACAUAUGUUUCUGAGCAUAAAACAGAGGGAAGCCAAUCAGAAGUACACUGUGCAAUUGAGAAAAGCUGGCCCAGGAUUAAAAAUUUCCCAUGUAGAUAAAUAGAAAUUGGUCAUAUGUUGAAAUGAGAUGGAUAGAAACGUACUCUUUAAGGACAUUUUAUUUUAGUACCAAACAUUGCCAGCAACAAUCUUCAGUUAAGAAAUAAAUUAUUCCAGCCUAAAAUUAUUAUCUCUACCACUUUGGUUUUUAAAAAAACCACUAUAUUCAUGGAAUAACAUCUGUAUUUAAUUAAACCUUUAUCUUAUUAAAUCUGUUUCUUCUAUUCAAGGAAAACAAAUAAGCAGCAUUUUUCUUUGCAUUUUAGAAUGUAAAAUACUUGCAUGCCACCAGUGUGUAAUAUUUUACCAGUUCCGGUGCCUGUAAUGUGUGACCUUAAGUGUACCUGUAUUGUUUUGAGGAGAACGAAGGAAAUAACACUUUGUAAACUGUUUAAACUUAUAUUGGCAACAUUUGGUUAAACAGUUAUUGAAAUAACUGCAUUGUUUCAUUUUUCAUUUUGAAACUUUUCAAUAAAGGUAGACAUUUAUUGUAUUAGGGAAUUAAAGAGCAAUUUGCCUUUUAAAUGUGAAAUUGAGCAUUGUAUGGGGGGAAAUCUAUGACAAAGCAAAAUGUAUGAAGCAUGAAAUACUUUUAUCCUGGCAAUAAAUAAACAUCCCAGUUGGCACAAAUAGGUGCAAUGUUUGACACUUUGGAAUUAGCCAGCCAGAUCUAAUGCUAAGCUAAAUGUAUGCUGUUUUAAUCAAUUAACAUCUUUCUGCUUUUAAAGAUACAAUGCAUUCAUUUAUGUCUGGAAUAAAAAUUCCAAAUGAAAAUGUGCAGAGCAUUAGGAAUUAAUAAACUGUCCUUUUAAAAUGAAAGUAAAGACCGAUUUAAUCUGGCUAAUUUUUAGACACAUUGUUUCUUUAAAAUAAAUGGCGGGCACCAUAUUCUCAUAUUAGACAAGCACAUUUGCAGAAAGGACUAAAACUUGCUCUUAUUAUUAAAAAGAUAAGAAGUAGAUAGACAACUAGAAGCAGCCAUAGGGAAAAAGGGGAUCUCAUUAUUAAAACAGAAGUGCACACAUUCUGCUAAACAGUUAAAAUUUGUUAGAAUAAAUAGGAGCAGAAAUACAGAUAAAUGGGUUAAGUAUUUACCUUGAAUUUUUUAUAUUAACUUUGGAUUUACUUUUUUAAAGCUAUGCUGGA